UGCGCUUCUCCACUUGUUCGUACGGUGUGCGGGUAAACUUCGCAGUCGCUAAACGAAAAUAUUGUUUUUUUCUUUUUAUUUUCGGUGCUCCGCGUCAUUGAAGUCAACACCAAAAAAAAAAAAAAAACAGAAAACAAUAACAAAUAUGAAACUCUUGUUUUUGUUCGCGGCCAUCGUUUGCUUAACGGCCAAUUUAAACAUCGUAAAUGCCCAACUAAACCCACCGAAAUCGGAAUUGUUUCCAUUAUCAAUAAUACAUAUAAAUGAUUUUCAUGCAAGAUAUGAACCCACCGAUACCGCUGGCGGAGCAUGUGAGUCUCCCAACGAAUGCAUUGGAGGCUAUGCUCGUACAGUUUAUACCGUGAGGCAAUUGCUGGAGCAGCAAAAAGAAAACAAUGUUGUGUACUUCAAUGCCGGUGAUAGUUUUCAGGGUACUCUAUGGUAUAAUGUGGGACGUUGGAAUGUUACGAGUCAGUUUCUGAAUCUAUUGCCAGCCGAUGCUAUGACUCUGGGUAAUCAUGAAUUUGAUCAUGGCGUUGAGGGUGUUGUACCAUUUCUGGAUGCCCUGGACAGUCCCAUGUUGGUGGCCAACAUCGAUGCCCGAAAUGAGCCCACAAUGGAAGGGAAAUAUCAACCCUCCAUGAUUAUUGAACGCAGUGGCCGUAAGAUUGGUGUUAUUGGCGUUAUUUUGGAAACGACAUAUGAUCUUUCGAAUACGGGAAAAUUAAUAUUCCGCAAUGAAAGUGAAACCAUUUUGGAAGAGGCCGCCAAACUAAAGGCCCAAGGAGCCAAUAUCAUAAUUGUCUUAUCCCACUGCGGUUAUGAUGUGGAUAAGUUGAUAGCCGAAAAGGCAGGCUCUGAAAUUGAUGUCAUUGUUGGUUCACAUUCUCAUACAUUUCUGUAUACGGGUGAUACGCCACCGGGACCAGAUGUGCCCAAAGGAGAUUAUCCCACAAUUGUUAGGCAUUCGCCAACGGGUCAUCGUGUUUUAAUUGUCCAGGCUGGAGCUUAUGCCAAAUAUGUUGGUAAUCUAACGAUUUAUUUUGACAAUGACGGUAAUGUGGUGGAUUACGAGGGAGCUCCACUCUAUAUGGGCAGUGAUGUGCCACAAGCUCAAGAUGUCAUCGACACCAUGGAACCUUGGAAACUAUUGUUGGACGAACAGAUUUCCCAGAUUAUUGGCGAGACCAAAGUGGAUCUCCUCAAGGAUAAUUGUGAUCGGACGGAAUGUAAUAUUGGCAACUUUUUUGCUGAUGCAGCAGUCUAUGCAUUUACCAAAUUAACACCCUAUGACAAUGUCUACUGGUCACAAGCUUCUAUUGCGCUCAUUAAUACGGGAGCCAUACGAGUGCCGCUAACCAGAGGAAAUCUUUCCUAUGGACAUUUAUCAACCAUGUCGCCGUUUGAGAACAAAAUGACAGCCUUCAGCCUUCCAGGGCUGGAGCUAUUAAAUGCCUUGGAAUUUAGUUUAAACGAAAUAGAUAUGGAUGUAGGCAAAACUACGUCUAGCAUAUUCCUUCAAGUAUCUGGUUUGAAAAUUACCUAUAAUAUUACCCAACCCUUGGGCAGGAGAGUUCAAAAUGUUAAAGUCCUCUGUCAGAAUUGUGAGGUACCUACAUAUUUGCCCUUGGAUGUUGAAGAGACUUAUCGCAUUAUAACUUCCGAUUUUAUUGCCGAAGGUGGUGGAGGCUUUACAAUGUUUCGAGAUCAUGGCCAAGAUUUGCAAAAAGAAAUGACAGACCUAGAAGCUGUUUGUGAUUAUGUCAAAGACAAUACACCAAUUAUAACUGGUUUGGAUAAACGAAUUACCAUUCUUUAUUAGAUAGGAAUUCACUGUCUCUGUUCCAGAACUGCAAGAAUGUAAAAGCUUUUACUACGAUAUCCGAUUUUCGCUUUAUGAUAUCGAAGAAAAUUGCAAAACUGGUAGAUUCUUGCAGGUACUGGAACAGAGCAUAUGUAUGUGUAUAUAAUUAAGGUGGGAAUACAUAAAGCGCUUAUCUGGCUGGCUUUUUGGUAAAUGAACAAAGGAGCCUAGAGCCAAAAUCGAACUAAGUCAACCUAAAACUCCUUUGUUCAUUUACGAAGAAGCCAGCUGAUGAGUUAAGUCAGCCAAAUAUACAUUUUAUGAAUUUCCACCAUUGCUUAUUGUUACCUUUUCUAUUAAUGUUGUUAGCUUAUUACCCGUUUAGACC